CGGUGUGGCUGGCAAGUCGUUACUGUUAAUUUAUAUUUUAUUGUUAAUUGAUGUGUUGUUUUUGAAACAAAACUCCUGCAUUUGCUUUACCAGCAUAAUUCCAAAGGAGACUAUAAAUUAGUACAGAUGACCGGGACAAUUCAUGCUUUUACAAUGGUCCUAAAUUUCAGUUUUUAGAAUUUAUUUAUUGCUGUUUGAUGAUGCCUGAUGUGGAAUACAAGCUCCAGUCAUCCUCAAAAACGACUAGCUUGCAGCAUGGGAAAUCAACUUACCUAUCUUUUCUGCAAAUGAAAAAAAUAGAUGAGAAUAAGAAUGGUCUAGUUGUUACAUUUUCUAGACUGUCUUCCCAACAAACAUGAGACGUCCACCCGACGUGCAGAUCAUGUCUAUAUUCCGACAAAGACGUUGAAAUGACGUCGUUUGGACGUCGUUUGCUCAGUGGGUUGCUAUACCUAAGCAGAUAAAGAUGGGCUGCUCUUUUCUUGGACACUCUGUGGUGGAUAAAAACGUGGCAUUAGGCUUCUGUGAAACAAAAUCAGGCAAACAUUUUAAGGCAAAACUUUAGGUCUGUGCCUGAAGUCUGUUCGACCGAUGCCGACCGAACUCGGGUGAAUCUGGUUUGUCAGUUGAAGGGAAAAGACGCGCAUUAAUUUGAAUACACAAUUGGAAUAUCACGCUUGGUUUGUGGAGUGGUCAUCAAGUUGCUCUUAUUGUCUCGUCCAGCUGGAAGAUUUUUAUUUUACCACAGCAGCUUCCCUGGCAGUCAUUUGUGAGUAGGUGACUGUGAUAGAGGUUUGAAGGUUCAGGCUUGUGGGAAAUGGGCCAGUAGAAGCACCAGAAAUGCCAGACCAUGAUACAGGGUUUCAUCUAAAUCGACAGACUAAACGAAGACGAGUAGACAUUGGAGUGAAAAGAAUUGUUAGCUCAUCUGCCUCAUCAACACAAACUUCUGCCUUCAUCACUGCCACCCAAGCAGCCAAAUCCACUGUCAUCACUGAUGCCAUGAACUCCCAUCACAGUAAGAAACAGGAUGUGCUUGAUUGCCAAGGGGCUCAGUUUGGUGAGGCCAAAUCAAACGUUCUCCGCAAACUGCUUAAAAGGGGCAGCUCAUAUGAGGAUAACAUGAUACCCUUUUCUGGUGCCACUAUCAUCACAAAGCUACUGAAGAGCAAUAAGGCAACAAGAGGAACAGGAGGCAGGGAGUCGGUAAUCCCCAGGAACGCAGAACCUGAACCACUACAGGAGGACACUUUCAGCAACUCAUCCCAGGAGAGUGCUGAAGAGAGUCUCUCACCAUUUGGAAAAAUCUCACUGAACCACUUAGAGUCUGAGCGGCUAAAUGAAGAUCACCUUCGGGCCAAGCGUGCUCGUGUUGAAAACAUAAUUCGCGGAAUGAAUCAUUUACCGAAUGUGAUGGCAACAUCUAUUUCCAGUGGAAAGGAUUGUGAGCAGGAGUUAGAGGGAGAAACCGAGAUGACUGUGCAGUCCUUUAGCCCACGAGAAAGCAAUCGUGAGAACAAGAGGAAACAAAAAUUACCUCAGCAGCAGCAGCAUAGCUUCCAGCAGCUGGUUUCCACACAUAAAGAGCAGAAGGUUGAAGAACGCAGGCAGUUGAAACUACAGCUGGAAGACAUGCAGAAACAGCUGAGGCAGCUUCAAGAAAAGUUCUUCCAGAUCUAUGACAGCACAGAUUCUGAAGCAGAUGGAGGAAAUCUCUCAGAAGACAGUGUACGAUCUGAUGGGAUGCUAGGUGAUAGUGGCACCAAUGAACAUCUCAUUCAAAAUUCUGUGUCUGAUCGAUCUGAUAAUGAGAUAGCAGGCUUGGAUCCAGGUUGCUUUCUGGAUGAGGCGAAGGCCCUGCUCUGUGAACAAGCAUUGCUGGAUGGAGAGAUGGCCAAACAUGAAGGUUCCUUGAAGAGCAAAGGUUUGAUGUCUAUGCAUGAAGUAGGCAAGCGUCUGGCAGAAACCCUUAAGCAAGAGCUAAACUCUGCCAUGUCUCAAGUUGUAGACACUGUGGUGAAUGUUUUUUCGAAACCUCCACGGCCACUUUUACAAGUAUUCCCAUCGCUCCCGGCAAAUGAGGACCACUAUGCUUUUAACGGGGACAACUCCAACUUCCACACUGCUAAUCAGAGACUGCAGUGCUUUGGUGACGUUAUCUUUCCCAGCCCUCUUGACUCGUUUGUCGGGGUCCCUCUUUCUUGUGCCAAUGAUCAGACGGAGGCACUACCACUGGUAGUACGAAAGUCUGCGUCCGAACACCACCAGUCCUCGGAUCCUGGAGCUCAGAAUGGUCACCCUCAUCCCUCCUUACAUCCAUCUUCUCUUUCUGGAAACCCAGGCUUCAUCUCCCCAUCAUUCCGUCACCCAUUUUCACUUCCUCUGGUGGGUUACUCAUUUCAGAACGUGCUUGGUGCCUCAUCAACAGGAUACUCUAGUAAAGACUCUCCUGGCUCAAUGGAUCUGUCAAGGGAGACCCCCAGCUUGCGAACAAAAAUGGGUUCAAGUCAGCAUCUGCUGCAUAACCAUUCUUGCUCGCCAGUUCUCCUGGGAAGCACCGCUGAAGGGCCUUCACUCAUCAAAUCAGAAUGUGGGGACCUUCAGGAUAUGUCAGACAUCUCUCCAUACUCAGGCAAUACAAUCCAGGAGGGAUUGUCCCCAAAUCACCUGAAGAAGGCCAAACUGAUGUUCUUCUACACCAGGUACCCAAGCUCCAGCAUGCUCAAGAUGUACUUCUCAGAUGUGAAGUUUAACAGGUGCAUCACGUCUCAGCUGAUAAAGUGGUUCAGUAAUUUCAGAGAGUUCUACUACAUCCAGAUGGAGAAGUUUGCCAGGCAGGCCAUAAACGACGGUGUGGCAAAAGUGGAUGACAUCAUUGUAAGCCGUGAUUCAGAGCUCUACAAAGUGCUUAACAUGCACUACAAUAAGGCAAAUGAUUUUGAGGUCCCUGAACGUUUCCUGGAAGUAGCUCAGAUAACUUUGCGUGAGUUCUUCAGUGCUAUAAUGGCCAGUAGAGAUGUGGAUCCAUCAUGGAAGAAGGCCAUUUAUAAAGUUAUCUGCAAACUGGACUCUGAGGUUCCAGAGAUAUUUAAAUCGACCAGUUGUCUUCAAGAACUCUUGCGAGAGUAAUGUGUUAAAAAAAUUCUUUUCAUCCCUCUUUAAAUGUAAAUUGAUAACUUGAGAUGGAGAAUUUUACCUUUUUUUCCACCUUUUCACAGUUGAAUUUAUUAUAUGAAGUAGUGUCUUAUUUAUUCUUUUCUUUCUUUCUUUUUCAUUGGGUAACCUUUAGUGUAUCUCUCCACAGUCCAUGUAGGCUAUCUCACAGUCCAGGGGCCUCAUUUACAAAAUGUGCACAUGCACAGAUUUGAUCUUAGAGUGUGCAAACACUAAAAUCCACACCAAAGAACUGUCUUUAUCGAGGAAAAUGGCUUAGCGCGGAGUCAGUUUCUAAGCAGAGUCACACACUUUUUCUUGUGGUAGAGCUUGAUUUUUGUCGCUUGCCUUUCUCAAGUAAAGGAUUUGGAUGCUGACUGGUGCUCUGUUAGAUGUUAAUGACAUUAAUUAGGCAGAGUUUACAAGGCAGAGAUCUGAAACCAUUCAGCUGCACACAAUUUUUUAAGACCAUUUACGAUUUAUAAAUUUCACACCUGAAAGAAAGGCAUACGCACAUGCAAAUCAUGCAUAUGUUUGUUGUCUGAAUUACACAUACAGUACGCACACUUGAAAAAUGAUUGUAAGAUCAAAUGUAGGACGGUUUCUAUGCAACAUUUUGUAAAAGAGGCCCAUGUGAUAUUCUUUGUACCUCACUUAAUACAUCUGAGAUGAUUUGACCUGUGCCAGAUCUUAUUGUGAUAAUUGAUCUCUGGCUAAUUUGGUUCUUGAAUUAGGUUAUCUGGGAUUACUGUGCAUCCUUGUAAAGGGCAAAUAUGUUGAUACUCAAAAACCCUGCAAACGGCAAUGGUGAUACAGCAAAGAAAUUCAAAGUAAUUCUGCUUUGCUGAAAAUACAGGAUUGUGUUAAACACAAUAGCUUAAACAUUGCCACUGAAUCAGUAUGUAAUCAGUGACACUGAUUAUUACUUUAUAUUUUAAAUGCAGCCAGAUCUAUUUGUCUAAUAAACCUGGCAUUAUGUAUUAUACCUUUUGUUAA